GCGAAUGUCCAGUGUAUGUCAGGAUACCGGAGCUGUUGGGAAUGGCACGAGCUUCUUUGUCUUACUUAUGUUUGCUGCUUUUGGACUUUCAGCUGAGCUAUGGCGCUCCAGCUCCGGCCUCGGGCCCGGUGUUCCUGACCGGCCGGGCAGCCGACUCCGUCCUGAGGAGACAGAAACGCUACAACAGCGGAGUGUUUGAGGAGCUGCUGGAGGGCAACUUGGAGAGAGAGUGUCUGAAGGAAGCAUGUGACCUGGAAGAGGCCCGCGAGGUCUUUGAGGAUGAUCAGAAGACAAUGGAGUUCUGGAUGGCGUACGUAGAUGGCAAUCAAUGUAAAACCAGCCCAUGUCUGAACCAAGGGACAUGCAAAGACCACAUGGGAUUCUACACCUGCAACUGCACAUCUGGCUUCACUGGCCGCAGCUGUGAGAUCGUUGUAACAAAAAGGUGUGAUGUGAACAAUGGGGACUGUAUGCACUUCUGUGAAUCCAUGGCGACCGUUGGAGCUAAAUGCUCCUGUGCCAGAGGAUACCUGCUGCUGCAGGACGGCCUCAACUGUGAACCAGAAGUUGAAUUUCCAUGUGGCAGAACUGCCCUGAAAGAAGUAAGCGCAGUGUCCACAAGGUCUCUGAUGCGCCGUGGGAAUUCACUCCUGCCGAACACUUCACCGACCAGCAUCAACACGACAACAUCCCCUUACUCAACUCCAGCCAGCACACCUGGGCCUUUUCCUGCAACAAAUGACUCUGUUAAAAACCAAUCUCGAAAGAAAUUGCCCUGGUGGGUCUUCCGUGAUGCUGAGGUCCCAACUGAGGAGCCGGCGACGCCUUUUAAACGCAUUGUAGGUGGUGAGGUGGUGACCCCAGGAGAGAUCCCAUGGCAGGUCGCCUUGAUAGAGCGACCCAGCUGGGAGAUAUUUUGUGGCGGCUCCAUUAUCAGCGAACGGUGGGUUGUCACUGCUGCUCACUGCCUGGCAGCAGACGCCUUCUUCAUCAGAGUAGGGGAGCAUGACAUCAAAAUAAACGAGGGCACAGAGCAGGAUUAUAACGUGUUGGAGCAACACGUGCACCCUCGCUACAAUGCCAGUGAGAACUCGCACAACCACGACAUCGCCUUGCUCUACCUCCAAAGCCCCAUCGUCUUCUCCACUCAAGUGCGGCCCGUCUGCAUCGGGCCCAUGGCUUUCAUCGAGGCCCUCGUGAAGGCGUCUUCCCCGGCCACGGUGAGCGGCUGGGGCCGAACGCGCUUCCUCGGCGCCCCGGCUGAGACUUUGCAGAAGGUCACGGUGCCCUUCACAGAUCGGACGGAGUGCAAGCGGAGCAGCAGCGCCAGGAUCACGCCAGUCAUGUUCUGUGCAGGGUACUAUGACGAGGCCAAAGACUCCUGCCAGGGGGACAGCGGCGGUCCGCACACAAACAGUGUUCAUGACACGUGGUUCCUCACAGGCAUCGUGAGCUGGGGGGAGGAAUGUGCGAAGCAAGGGAAAUAUGGCGUGUACACCCGGGUGUCCCUUUAUUAUCGCUGGAUAAACCACGUGAUGGGAUUAACUAAACAGAGGCUGGCAUUGGAUGUGGAAGACCCUGACCUUGAAAUGUAAAGAUUUUGGAUUUUAAGAGUAGAACUGGUUAAUGCUCAAAUCUUUUUUUUCUACUUCACAGGAUAUUGGUUUGAUAUCCACAACAACAGCAAAUACAUAAUGUGUAAUUUAUAUUUACUGAAUGACUGUUACAUUCCCCCAAACCAAUCAACAGGAGCCUUCUCCAUCAUAAAUAAUGAUGUUUUCUAUACCGUAUAAAAUUAAAAUCACGUCAUACCUACAAAGCACUGACUGUGUACAAUUACAUUAAAUCACAUCACUCCCAUCGGCUGGUAAAUAAGUGUUUAACAAGUCGUGGUAUUGAGUAACAGAAACAGAAAGUCAGCAUGAUUUUAUUACAUAAGUUAGCUUCCAUUAAAACAGAAAUACAGAAAUAAACGUGCAUGAAAAAGCACAGUCUUAGUCUUCAGUCAAACAUUUCACCUUGUGAAAUACGUAUUGCACUAUUUUAAUUGCCAACAUUAUUGCAAUGAAUAAUCUUUAUUUUUUUACAGAACUGAAGCUGUAUAAAAGCCAGUGGAGAGCAGUGGCUGUCUCACAGUACCAACCUGCUCAGUUACCAUGCAUGUUCAUCUUAAAGAAACAUUCAGCAACAAGCUCCGGUUACUUGGCUCAUCAGGAUAAAUAUUAUUUCAAGCAGGUUUUUUUGUUUAGCAACCUGUAAAAUGUGUGCAAAAUCCGCAGCAUUUUGGAUUAAAGAGACAAAGAAACCAUCUGCUUUGUCAAAUAAGCUAAAGAUAAAUAAAUAGUUUUUUAUGUGCAGCCUAGCUUAGCUCCUUUAAAUAUAUGGAAAUAUAAUUUCCUUCGGAGCUGCACCGAUACCUCACAAUAUGAAGGAACAAAAUGAGAGUAAGAUAAAUAAAUUAACAACAUAGGAAAUGUGUAGUGCGACGCAAACCGUGCUGCUUUUUAGACUCAUUUCCAUUUCAAACAGUGAAUCAAAGGCGGCCUUCGGACUGGGUCUCGAUUUGAUGUGGUAAACUCGUAAAAGUCUGCGAUCAAUAUUUAAUGAAGCGUUCAACACACAGGGUCUAUUUCAUGUUGGCUGUAUGAACCCUUUUAAUGGGCAACCCGAGAUUAACCGAGCUGUAAAGGUGAGGAGAAAACCAUCUGCCUCUGUGAUGGAGGGACGCAGCGUAAUCUCCCUCUCUCCCUCUGCUUCUUCUACUCUGCCAUCCAUCUCCAUCCAGUCUGCUGGUGUCCUACGUCACUGUCGUUACCAUGACGUAGACGACUGCUGCGUCAUAGCAACGACUACGAGACGAUACACAACAACAGCGGUGAAGCAGCCAGACAAGUACACGUCCAGGAGGUCUCUCGGGGCCAUCCACCAUUUUAAAGUGCCUUUUGAAUAUGUGUGAGGUCAAAGCGAUGACAGGGCAGACAAGAGACUCUAAAAGAGCAGGGUUAAAAAAAAAAGGCAUUAUGGCGUGGCACAUUUUGGCAUCCUAACUCCGAGACUGUGCAGAAGAGUGGUGCCUUAAGGAAACAUUUCAGUUAAGAAAAAUAUCAUGAAGUCAUUCAAUGGAAAAAUGUCAACCAACUACACAAAGAUGAAACACUAAGGUACAACACAUGUUAAAAAUGAUGUAUAUGUACAAAAGUCUCUGCUUUAAGAAAUGUUUCAGGCAAAUCCUGGGCUCCUAUCCAUCCAGCACUCUGAGAGACUCAAAUCUGGAGCGCUUUUUGCAAUGAGGAAGCGUCCACAGGUUGGGAAGUGACAAACGGCUCCAGAGGGAUUCUCUGGAUUCUUCUCACCAGUCAGAAAAGAGGAAGACCAAUCAGGAUCCAGGAUUCAGCUUUUGAUUGUCUAAUAGGGCAAAACCAUUCCUGAGCCUUUGCACAGGUGCUAUAUCGCACCUUCACUAUCUCAAAACACCGGCCCAGUAGAUUGUCAAUCAUAAGCUGGAAGAAAAUCAGGUGUGCAGAUUCCCACAUGUUUCUCUUCGAGGGUUGCUCUGUGCUGGAGGAAGCAGACGUUACCGGGGAGUGAGGAGUGGGUGGCUGAUCAGCUGUGGCUCAACUUGUUCCUUCUGUCUCUUCAUCAUCCACCGUCUGGAUGUGUGUCCUCGAACGCUGUCGACUAGAAUCCGCUGCAGGCUGGAAGCUGCUACGAAGCCCUCCUGCUGCCUGCUCAGGUUCUUCACCAGCCUGGAGGAUGUAGAACACCAGGGAAGGUUGGAUGACGUCUCCACACUUGAUGGCGACACUGUCUGGUCCAUUUGGAAGGCACUCAGCCAAAGCCCUGUAUCUACCUGGAGACUAACAACAUGAACGCAGGAUUUAUUUAUAUAGUAAAGACAAGUAAUCCAUAAAAAUGUAUCGUAAAGUAUUUCACACAAAGUCAUAGUAUAUGAUGAAAAGGUCACAGUAUAGUAUGUUAAAAAAAAGCAUGGUAUAAUAGUAUGGCUAUAUACAUAUAUAUAUAUACAGAAAGUCAUAAAUUCAAAAUAAUCUCAAUUGAGUCAUUGUAUAGUAUCUAAAAAGUUCAAAGUAUAGUUUGUAAAAAAAAAAAAAGGAAGAAUCAAAGUAAACCAUACCAAAAAAAAGAUAAUAUAAAAUGUAGAAAAAGCUCUGUAAAAAGUCAAAAAGGUCCUGGAAUAGUAUGUUUUAAAAAAUCAGAAAAUAAUAUGAAAACGCGUCAUAUUUAUGUUAAAAUAAUCAGUUCAAAAAAGUAUUUCAAGUGAUUCAGAUGGCCUGGUGGUAAAGGGAAUACUCUGUUAGGGUUUAUUAAACUUGACUAACAUCCUGAUAUUUGUUUGCUAAACUGAGAUACUUUAAAGUACUAUAUGUAUGUUUGAAAUUAAAGAACAUGUCUGAUGUC